UUAACGGCUAAGUCUGGGACUCGGUGUAGACAGUGUUCAGUGCAUUGACAAUGAAGAUUUUUGCGACGUUGCUGGUGAUUGGCCUUGCCACACUGGGAUCGGCCCAGUUCGACACGCAUCAAUGGGCAGGCCGCAGUGGUAUUGUGCAUCUAUUCGAGUGGAAAUGGAACGACAUCGCGGAUGAGUGUGAAAGAUUUUUGGCUCCGAACGGUUACGCCGGAGUGCAAGUUUCUCCGCCGACGGAAAACAUCAUCGUUUCUGGAAGACCCUGGUGGGAGCGCUAUCAGCCUGCUUCGUACCAUCUGAACACACGCUCAGGAACUGAGGCGGAAUUCGCGAGUAUGGUAUGGCGUUGUAACCAAGUUGGAGUGCGCAUUUAUGUGGAUAUUGUCAUCAAUCAUAUGGCUGCUGUUUCGGGAACUGGAACCGGAGGUUCCCAGGUGAAUGGAUUAGAGUUCCCCGCAGUUCCAUACGGGAGCGGCGAUUUCAACCCGUUUUGUGAGAUCACUGAUUACAACAACGCUGAACAGGUGCGCAACUGCUGGCUUGUAGGAUUACCCGAUCUAGCUUUGGGAACGACUUGGGUCCGAGAUCGCAUUGUAGAUUUGAUGAAUAAGUGUAUUGGUUACGGUAUUGCUGGUUUCCGUGUUGAUGCGGUUAAGCACAUGUGGCCGGGAGACCUGGAGCAUGUAUACGGAAGACUCAAUAAUUUGAAUACCGAUCAUGGAUUUGCAAGUGGUGCAAGACCUUUCAUAACUCAGGAAGUUAUUGACUUAGGCGGUGAAGCUAUUUCCAAAUACGAGUACACUCAUUUAGGUACAGUGACCGAGUUUCGUUUUUCCGCUGAAAUUGGACGAGUUUUUCGUGGCUAUGAUAGCCUCAGCCAUCUCGUGAACUGGGGAGAAGAGUGGGGAUUCCUACCGUCUUAUCUUGGUCUUGUAUUCGUUGACAAUCAUGAUAAUCAGCGUGGACAUGGUGCUGGAGGAGAUAAUGUUUUGACACAUAAGGUGUCUAAAAAUUACAAGAUGGCUACCGCUUUCAUGUUGGCCCAUCCGUACGGAAUUCCCCGAGUGAUGAGUUCCUUCUUUUUCGAUGAUGGUGAUCAGGGUCCGCCACAGGACGGCAGUGGAAAUCUCGUACCACCGUCGAUAAAUGCAGACGGAACGUGCGGAAACGGGUGGGUGUGCGAGCAUCGUUGGCGACAGAUUUUCCACAUGGUUGGAUUCCGCAAUGUCGUCGCUGGAACCGGGUUGAAUGACUGGUGGUCUAAUGGAGGACAACAAAUCGCUUUCUGCCGUGGUUCUCGAGGAUUUGUUGCGUUUAAUUUGGAGGGCUAUGACAUGAAUCAGUCUCUGCAGACGUGCUUACCAGCGGGAAGUUACUGUGACGUUAUCUCUGGUGGCAAAUCUGGAGGCAGUUGCACUGGCAGUGUGGUUACCGUUGGUGGUGACGGCAUGGCAAACAUCUUUAUUGCAUCGGGAGCGGACGAUGGCGUACUGGCUAUCCAUGAGGAUUCGAGACUAUAAAAAUAAAGAAGAUUAUAUUCGUGUGCACA